CUCAAGUUACUCGGUAAGGGUUACUUGAGUUAAACUUGACCGAGUGACCCUUCAAGUAACCCUUGGCCGAGUAACCUCUUAAGUAAACCCUGACUAAGUAGCCUCCCAAGUAACCCCUGAUUGUACCGUCAAGUAACCCAUGACCGAACUCCUUAAGUAAUUCCUGACUAAACUCCUUAAAUAAUCCUUAACUAAGUAAUCCCUGACCGAAAAAUUUUCUUAAAAACAAAAAAAUAAAAAAGAAAAAAGAAAUUCAGAAGAAUAAAUACGUGGUGAAGCUGCAGUAGCCUCCACUUCCACCACCAAAGCAGCCAACAGAAAAAAAAAAAAAAAAAAAAAAGAAAAGAAAAGAAAAGAAAAAAAAAGACUCUUCUCGAGGCUUUGAAGAGAGAGAAACUGAAGAAAAAAACGACAAAGAAGCUCAAGGUUGAAGAUGAACUAAGAAUUAUUUCUGUAUUUUUCUUCGAUUUUUCUGCUAUUUUUCGUUGUUGAUUUUUGAGAGAGAAAAAAGGGUCGAUUUUCAGUGGAAUGAUGAAUUUUGCACCGAUAAAGCAGCAGAAUCUCAGAAAAACCCUAUUUAUUGCCGCCAUCUUUAUUGGAGAAUAGAAGAUUUUCUGUUGUUUAUUGAUAAUUGAGAGGACUCAAGUUUCUGGUUAAUCGAUGUUGAUGAUGAUGCAGAAGAAUUUCUGGAACUUUUGAAUUAAUCGUUGUUUUUCUUUUUGGGAAGAUCUAUUGAAUCGAGUGGUUAAGGUGAAGAUCGAGUGAUAUUUUCGAUUGAAUCUCAAGGUAUUGAAAGUUUUAUAAGGUAGUCGGAGUGCAUCAAGACUUGCCAGAAAGAUAGUAUUUAAAAGCAUCAAGGAUUAUACUUUAUAUUCCUUCACAAGUUCAGUGUUUCAAAAUGCCUGUAUCCGAGACUAAAAAGCAUGGAGUACUAGCAUCAGGCUGUCGCUUUAGUAAUAAGGAAGAGCACGUACCUAUUAAAAAGAGAAGAUUCUUUUUAAGAUCCCCGUCACCACCGCCAGUUUACAAUUCUCCAUGUUCGGAGGAAAUUGCAGAUCAAACAAAAAGUCAAGAUGUUUCAAUCAAACCGCAAUCUCCAACUUCUGACAUUAGUUCGAGCCAGGUUGUUGAGAAUAAAAAUUGCAUUGAUCCUCAGAAAACUGACAAUUCCAACAAAAGCUUUGGUGAAGAUGAAGAUUUCUAUGGUAUAUCAAUACUUGCAGCUGCUGCCUGCAGUAGCAGUUUGGGAAGAGAUUGUGGUUAUGCGGAGGAUGGUUCAGGCAUUGAAGAGUCUUCCGUGCAGGAGCGAGUGCCGGAAGUUUCUACUUAUGCUGAAGCACCUUCAUUAUCUAAGGGUUUAUUAAAGGAAGAUGUUAUGAAUUCGUCUGAAAUAUCAAGUGGAGCAACAUCCUUAUGUAUAUCCACAGAGCCAGUUGUAGAGCUUGCAUCUAUCUCAACUACUGUAAAUUCAUCUCAAAAUGUUGUUGCUGUUGGAAAAAUGAAGGAUGUUUCCUUGGGCUUUUCUUCGGAUGUUUCAUGCAGCAAAAAUGAAUAUGAAGGGUGGGACCAUAGACAAUCUUCCCGAGAUGUUAAGUUGCAUUGGGAUUUGAAUGUAGUGAUGGAUGCUUGGGAGCAGCCUUUUGAUGAUCCAGGAGUUCAAAAUGUUGUUGCUCAUGACAUUUCUCAAGAUGCUGGAAAAGUCGACCAUAAUGAAAAUAUGGAAUUGAAAGCCCAUGAUUCAAGAGAAAAUUUGGUAACUUUACAUGCUGCAAAAAGCUGCCUACUCCCUGGUGAACAGAAAUCACCGGCAAAUCAAAGUUCAGUUCAUAUCAAGGACACUUAUGAUACAGAUUCUUGCCUCAGUCUGAAGCAGCCUCAAUCCUUAGGCGAGAAGCCUCUAUCAACCAACUCCAACCUUAACUUGAAUGUUGUGAAUUGUAUGGCUGAAGACUCUAAAAGCAUGCACUGUGAUGAAAAUGUUGAUCUUACUGUUGGAGUAGUUGCUGCUCCCCCUGAUCAGACUGCUCAAUUGUCAGCAUCUUAUACUGUAAAUGAGGUUGAUGAUGCUUCUGUGAAGAUUCUAGAUUUGAAUGAUAAUAGUGUAAGCUAUCGGCCAGUAAUUGAGGGGUUAAAAACAGAUGGUGUUGUGGCAUCCUGUCAGUUGCAGAAUUUUGGAAAUGCUUGUGCUUCUGAUGCUGCAUUUGGUGCUGUGUCUGCUGAUAGUUAUAUUAGUUUGUGUGUGUCAUCCAGCUCAAAGGUUAACCAAAAUAUCACUGUUCUAGAGGAUUUGGAGACACAUAAGAAUUUUCAUCAUGAAGAAAAAUCUUUAAUAGAGAAUGCUGACCUGAAAGAAGUAAAGCAUCUAGAGCAUGCUGAAGUUGCUGUAUCAGAUGAAAAUGCCCCUUUACACACUGAGGCAUCCAACUCUGUGCCUAAAAGAUGUGAGCUUCCGUUAGCUUUAGAUACUAAGUUGAAGGAUUUUAAUCAUCUUCAGGAUGGAAACAUAGUUAGUAAUAAUGAAACCAUAAAGAAUCCCUCUGAGAAUUGCUCGGUAAUACUCAUGGAUUCAUGUGAUUUCUCCAACCAUGAGACUUGCAAAAUUAACUUGGAUAAUUGUUCUAAUUAUUCUGACAAUACUGAUUAUGAAGGUUCUCUUAAACAUAGUAAUGAUGUUGGUGUUCAAUGUUAUCCAGUUUUGGUGGUUGGCACUGAUGCUAUUGGUGAGCUCCAGGAGGGUUAUGAUUCCCAAUAUGAAGAUGGGGAGCUCAGGGAGUCAAGUGAACAUGCUUGGGAAGAAUAUGAUGCUGGUGAUAGAGCAGCUGAAAAUAUAGACUUUAUUUCGAACUACAGAGAAACGCAUAUGGCCAAUUCAAGUGAGGACCAUGUCUCCGAGUCUGGACAAGAUGAAGAUAGAAAGAGCGAGAGACUGGGAACUGCUGCUGCCGUCACUUUUCAUGAUUGUAAAAAUGAUAAAGAGGUUUUUGAAGUAGCUUCUAAAGCAGUUGGGAAUGAUAGGGAACGUGAUGAGGGUAACCAAAUAAAAUCGAGUCAUGCUGGAGAGAAAACAGAAAUAAUUCAGCAAAAAGAGCUGCUUGAGAGUAGCAAGAGCUUUUCAGAUAUAGGAAAUCAAGGCAUAGAUGAUAUCAGGAGAAAGAAUAGGAUGCCAAGUCAUAUUGAUGGACUGGAUCGCCAAGGUGAUGAAACUAGAGUGGAACAAAAAGCAUUCAGAAGGGGCUUGCAGUCACAGAUUGAAGGUCCAGUUUCUCGUGAUCAUGCAUAUAGGGAGGAGCGUUUCAAGAAAAUGGAGAAUAGAUUUGAGCUUGGCUCCAUGAGAUCGUUUGAGAGGCCGCGGUAUUCAUUUCACAGUCAAGGUAGAGGACGCCAAGGUGGUAGGUGGGAUGGUUCAUCAGACAAUCGUAGAAGUUUCAGGCAUUACUCACCUGUUAUCCACGGACAUUCAAAAUUCGAUGUUGAUGCUAGUGUGGAGAGAGAUGACCAUGGAUGUGUUGGCACUCAAGAUGAUGCAUCAUAUUCUCAACAACUUCCAAAAAAUCGAGCUAGUGCUGAUGGAGAGCCUUGUGCUGGAUUUCACUCUCGUUAUAAUACCGAUAGGAAGUUUAGCCCUGAUAGAGCAGCUUUUGGUCGGGGAAGAUCCUUCAGGCAUGGCCCUUUUUCUGAAAGCAGAGGAGGCAGGGGAAGGUUUGGUGGACCUUCUCUAGAUGAAUCAUUCCAGUCCUCCUUAAAAUACUGUCGUACUUUGUCCCGCAGAGAGAGAAGUAUUUCUCCAUUUGGUGGUAGAGGGCAGUCAAAUAUACAUCACUCUCGCAGGAAGUCUCCAUCUCGAUCAAGAAGUCGGUCUCCUGUAAUUUGGAAUUCUCCAAGGAGAAGAGUGGAGGCUGGAAAUGGUGGUAAUACCUUUUUUAAGCACCGAAGUAGAUCUCCAAAUUUUAGGCCUGAGGCCAGAAUGCAAAGACUAAGGUCACCACAGCAACAACCUGGUUCUGGGCCUGACCAUGCUGGUGGCUUUAGGUCAAUUUCAAGAAGCCACGGAUCUCCUCUUUGUAACCGAUGGAAUUCUGCUCGGAAGGAUGAACCAGGUCAUUUUAGGGAGCUAGGUUACAAGCAGCGGAACUCUGCCCCAGAUAGAUCACCAGGGAGAAUUCGCUUGAGGGAUGACAGAGGUAACGCAAUAGAUUCCCCACGAAAUCUUAAGCCUGAUGGGUAUUAUAGAAUUUCAGAUAGAUUUCCGGAUGAUGCUAGUAGAGGAGUUAGAUAUGAGGAGAAUUUUGGAGAAAGAAGGAAACAAUAUAAUCUUCUCCGUCCUGCAAGGUGUAACUUUGAUGAUGGCAUGGCAAAUAAAAUGCAUCAGGAUAUUAAUGAUAGUUUUUCCAUGACUAAUGGUUUUCGGGAUAGAGAUGUUUCAAGUUUUCAGGUCAGAGGGUUAAGGGGUAUAGACAGCCGCAUUGGCGAUGGUCCAAGGAGGUUUAGAGGGGAAAAUCAUUCUGUCAUAUAUGAAAGAGAUGGAAGAUUUAAUCCUAAUUCAAAGCAAUUUGGGGUUGAUGUCAUGGAUUCAUCACAUAAUUCUAAGUCUGAGGAACAAUAUCGACCCAAUUAUGCUGGAAGGUUUUCCGACACCAAUGGGUCCAAUAGAGGAUGUUGAUAUGGGAAUUAUCAAGACAGACGAAAACACUAUGGUCAGCCUUAUAUCAUGAGGCGCACUGAUAAUGAGGAUCCAGAAAAGAGAUUGAAUCUUAUGAAACUUUCCAGGAUACUCCAGAGUUUGGUAGCAGGGUUACAAGGGAUUGUGAUGGACGAAUUGGAAGUUGAGGAGCCAGUUGUGUGAGGACAAGAGGAUAAACUCGAUGACAACCCACUUUCAGUUGGUGUGCAGAAUUAUUUUGGUGAUGAUGCUACAAAGAGAGUUGUUCCUUCGUUGCUUUGACCUGUGGUUUUGUUCUUCGUUCGGUUUCUAAAGAUCACUGGAAAUUAUUUAAUCUCUUUUUUAUCUUCUUGAUGUUAUCCCGCUGGAUAGAGUAUGCCUGCAAAUUUUUGUUGGGGCGCUUUUUAUUAGUCUACAUUGGCCCUCGACAAAAAGUUAGGUGGGUCUAGGAUUGAAUCCAGAUACCAUUUUCUCAUUGAAUGUCAUCUUUAUCUUGGCAUUUUCUGCACAUGUAACUCUUGACGUUAUUGCUGUAGGGUUGAAUCAAUGAGAUUUUUGGGGGCUCAUCUUGAUUUACAUUUUCCUGAUUUCUGAUUGUUUUUUUCUUCCCUUUGAAUUUACUGCUGUCAAAGAUGACUGGAGGGGCUUGGCAAGAACAAACUUAGCAAGAAGUCCGUCACACGUGUUGUCUUCAGAGAUAUUAUACAUUGAUCAGUUAUUCUGACAUGUUGUGUAGUGCUUUUUGUUAUUAUAUUCAUUGCCAGGUGAUGUUGAGUGUAGGCGUUGAUGAGUUGAAAUAUGGCGGAGACAACCUUUUAUAGGGCUUUAUGGCCUGCUGUUAUCAGUUGGAAUUUAGCUAUUACAGGACGUAUUUUCUUUCAUGGCUUAAGGCAUGUUGCUUAUCCGGCACAAAUAUGCAAUAUUGAGAAAUUCGCAGUUGGUGUUUUGGGCAGAGCAUUUAUUCGCACUUUGAGCUUAUGAUGUGUAUUGUACUUUGAGCUUAUGAUGUGUAUUGCUGGCUAUCAAAAGUUCCACAAAGAGAUUGGGGUCUUGCAUGUUGCCUGUCUGCUGAAGUUUGCAAAGCUAUCACUUUUAUCAUAAUUCUUGGCAAGGUAAUGCUUGAAGGAAUUUAUGCCAGUUGCUAUGUGUGAAUUACACUAGUGAGACUAGGAAGCUUGUACAUUGCUGUGAACCUGUUCAUAUACACUUUCUUGCCUGAGAUAAAGGUGAGAGCUCUGUUCUUUGUUGUAUUACUUUAAUCACUUAAUACCCUGUGGUUAGUCUAAUAUCUGGAACCUUGCAACACCUUGAUGGCAAAAAGCUAAAUUCUGAUUGCU